GCUUCUCCCGGCCGGGGUCGAGCAAGCCUCCCUCGACAUUUUCACCCGCAGUACCCACGCACAUGGAUGCUCAAGUAAUGCCGAUCGAAGAUACCUUCUCAAGACCUUUGCGGUCCAAAGGAACGAGGGCGUGGACUUUGUCGAGACAAAGCACAGGCACAGCCGCACCCGGCCCGUCGUCGUGCAGGACUAGUCGUUAUGGUGUGACGGCUGGGGUUCGCAGGGCUGUUGACGUCGGAUUUUGAACGUGACUCGGGGUGGCUCGGUUCUCUUGAACACUGCUCGUCGGGGGACGAGGUCACAUACGGGGCCGAGGGCUCGGACCGAGCUCCCGAGACACACGCCGGGUCGAAACCUGCUGUUUUUGGUAAAAUCGGCCACCACGACUCGAAGAAAAUGCAAAUCGGGGUUCCGCCACUAAAUUCAU